CGAAGCCUCCCUGACAGAUGUGUUAUCUACUCACGAAUUGGAGGAAUCUGAAGCAUCCUCCGUAGGAAGAAUACCCCGCUUGAACGAGGACGUCCUGGUACUCAUCGUGUCCUACCUCUCAACGCGCGAUGCUCUCAACAUGUCUCUCACGUCUCACGACAACUAUCCCAUCGCAAGGCGGCACGCUUUCUCUGUCGUGACAAUGCAGAACAACGCGAUAAUUGUGCGAAUCUGCACAUACAUGCUCGAUGACAUUCCUGGUCGCCUACAUUGGGUCCGCGAGCUUAAAGUCUGCUUCAAUAGCAUGACCCACGACUUUCCCCCUGCCGUCGAAUCAUGCAACACCGCGGCACGCCUGCUUGUACCUCUCCUCGAGAACGCCAUCCAUCUCAAAUCUCUCCAGUUCCCAUACUCGGUCGACGUGUUGCUGCUAACGCAGCCCCGCAUUGCGCCCGCCCUCUCAGCAUUGCACCACUUACAGAUUCUGCAUUUAACAUUAUAUCCCGAUAGCGAGAGCAAGGCAGAAUUAUUCGCGAUACAGAGGGAGAUGCUGAGAGAGAUGCGUAGCAGGCCGGUAGAGCUGUCACUCUGGAUCCCGUCCUCCAGUGACCUCUCUUGCAUCCAAUAUAUCCAGACCAUCAAACGUCUCACUCUCGAGCGACUCAUGUUGCAUAACGAAGAGUAUCCAAAUUAUGCCCAAGGAUCACAACAUCUAUUGUCCUGGCCCACUGCUUCGAGUCUGACUCUGGAUAGUUGUGAACUCUCGAUGUCCGAGGCAGUCCGAGCUUUCCCCAAUCUGCGAGAACUACGGGUGGGGUAUCUAUCAUCAGGUUUGACUUCAACGAGCAGCGUAUGUUGGCCACAGAUGGACUACGUCAGGGGACCUCAAGUGCUCUUCGAGCAAUGGCCAUUCAGUUGCCAUGUUCACCAUCUCACGAUAACAUCGGCCCUCUACCUCGGGUCUCCUCACGACGCUACUGUGCUAAGCACGAUACGACAGACCUCGCCGAGAAUAUUAGCGCUCUCAGUUCCGGAAAAGCCUGAGCUGGUUGAUACUUUCUGGGCGAAGCUGGCAGGAAUUACGCGUCAAGUACACAGCCUAGAGAUCACGUUAAGCGAGGUGUAUCUCGUGUUUAAGAUGGCUCAACAACUGGGCAUACGUCUUGGUGUAUUGAGCAAUCUGGGCCGCCUAAUCCACGUCAAGCUGACAUAUUCAUAUCCGGUCAAUGUGACACCCGUCACUCCUGAUGGCGUAUCGAUCACCCCAAUGCUGGACAUUCAGAAUAACAUUCUAGAGCGGCUGCUGCAUGUGCUCAUCGAACAUACACAUUCCCUCCGAUAUGUGUCUAUUGAAUUUAUAGGUCAUUCCGGACCAUGCACGCCCAGUCGUGGUUCAUGGAGAAUUGUGCGCUCGGACAAGGAGCGGACUGUGGAGCGCAUUUCCCAGUACGAUGCAGAGCAAAUAAGGGAAAUAAUCAAUGCGCGCGAUUUCGACCCCGCCUCGUUCAUUUAA